CAAAUGAGAUCUGAGAUUUGGGAGGGUUACAGCUUAGUUUUUGAUGAGCCAACCGAGCACAAUCUAUGCCUAUCUCAUAAAACGACUGUUACAAUCUUCAUAUCAGGUAUCUUAUAAGCCUUACGAAUUCGAAAGCACGAACGACUUCUCACCACGAAAGGUAGAAUAAAAUUAAAUAAAAAGGAAAUCCCGCCCUCCUUCACGGGCUUAUCUUGAAACUUGAAUCCCAAACCCCAAACAACGGCACAUUCCACCCAUUUCCGUUUCCAUCUCUCCGAUCUCUCUGAUCUCAAGUCUCAAGUCUCCACAGCACCGACAAGGACACACAUUCCGCCCCCUUCCCGUUCCCACCUCGGCCGACGUGUGCAGUAUUAAUAUUGAAACCCGCUCCCAAGUAAACGGCACUGAUCGAUGAUGGAGCGGUGUUGGGAAGCGGCGGCGGCGGCGGAGGCGGCUGGAGGAGCGGAGGCGGCUCACAAGCCGGUUCCGGCGCCGUUCCUGACGAAGACGUAUCAGCUGGUGGACGAUCCCGCCACAGACCACAUCGUCUCCUGGGGCGACGACCGCGUUUCGACCUUCGUCGUGUGGCGCCCUCCCGAGUUCGCCCGCGACAUCCUCCCCAACUUCUUCAAGCACAACAACUUCUCCAGCUUCGUCCGCCAACUCAACACUUAUGGGUUUCGAAAGGUGGUGCCGGAAAGAUGGGAGUUCGCCAACGAGUUCUUCCGUAAAGGAGAGAAGCACCUCCUCUGUGAGAUCCACCGCCGGAAGACCUGCUCUGCCGCUUCCUCUUCUUCCUCCGUCUUUCCCUUGGCGGCGUCCUCCUCCAGCUUGUUCCCUUUUUACUCCCACUUCGACGACUACCGCCUCGCCGUCGCCGCACACGGCUGGAAGCCGGCCGGCGAGGCUCCCUCUUCCCGCCUCCUCCUCCUCGGCGGCGGCAAUGAGGUCUCCGGGAAUGCCAUCAGAGCGCCUCCGGCCGCCGUGGCGACGAGCGCCGCGGCGUUGGUGGAGGAGAACGAUCGGCUGCAGAGGAGCAACACAGCGCUCGUGGCGGAGCUGGCGCACAUGCGGAAGCUCUACAACGACAUCAUCUACUUCGUGCAGAACCACGUGCAGCCAGUGGCUCCCAGCUCCGGCUUGCUCUUCUCCUCCAACCACCGCAUAGCGGCGACGGGCGGACACCCCGGAAGCCCGGCUUCGAGCAGCUCCCUCACCAUCGCAGAGGAGCCGACGUCCCCGUUGCCGCCGCCGCCGCCGCAGCUCGAUGACGACGCUAAUAAGAACGAAUUGGAGAGCAGCAUCACGGAGCCGAAGCUGUUCGGGGUGCCCCUAGGCUCCGCCGGCCGUUCUAAGCGACUUAGCUUCCAAGUCGUCGACGACGACGAGCCACCGCCGUCGACCAAGCUACGCCUCGUGGUAGAAAAGGACGAGUUGGAAUUAAAUCUAACGCCGUCAUCAUGAUCCCCAUUAAUCUUCUUGAUUAAUUUGGGACGUCUUUAAUUCCUUGUUUAUAAUCUUUGUUGGUCAAUUAAUUAGCGAGCUUCUUCGUAGUGUAUGUUGCUAGCUUUUAAUUUUUCUCCUGUGUUUAUUGAGAGUAGUUAAUUAAUGUAAAUAGCGAUCUUAACUAAUCUAUUUUGAGAACGUAACUGGACCGUGCAUGGACCGUGCAUGGAACCAGUAUUUAAGUAAUCACUAUGUAAGGAUUAAUCAUUAAAUGUAUCGUAUCCUUUUUGAUUCUAUAACAAAUUUAUCAUGAAAAAGAAA